AUGGCAGCCGAAGAAUCGAAAAUCAAGAAUGUGGCUAUUGCUUCCGAUGACAGUCAAAGCAGCGAAAAAGAAGAAGAGAUUAAACACGAAAAAGAAACCGAUCUGGGCAUUUCGUUGGAUAAACUUAGCCUUGGUCCCAAAAAGAAACUGCUUGUGAUUCCUCUUGGUGGCCUCAUUGCUCACCGAGCUCAUGUUCGUGACCGGGCCACCCUCCCAAAAAACCGCCGCCCUGAUCUGACCUACGGAAAGUUUAAGGUCUACAAAAGGCCUUUUUGUGAAGAAUUCUUGAGGUUUUGCUUUGAAAGAUUUGAAGUCGGACUAUGGUCUUCUGCCAUGGAGCAUAACAUAGACAAAGUUCUGACCCAAAUUAUCGGGGAACUUAAAAACAAGUUCUUAUUCACGUGGGAUCAGAAUCAAAGUACUAAGACAAGAUUUACGUGUUUUGGGAAUGACUACAAGCCAUUAUUCUUGAAAGAACUUAAAUAUAUAUGGGAGAAGAAAUACCCGAGUGGAGAAUACUCGUCGUCUAAUACGUUGUUGAUCACCGACCCAGAAAAAGCCCUUUUAAAUCCUCCUAACACUGCCAUAUUUCCUAAGGAGUAUGAUAUUAAGAAUAAGAACGAUGAUUUUUUAGGUCCAAAUGGGGAGCUAAGGGCAUUUUUGGAUGGACUUGCUGACGCAAUUGAUGUUCCAAGUUAUGUUAAAGAUAAUCCAUUUGGGGAGGCAGCGAUAACACCUUCACAUCCUCACUGGGAUUUUUAUUCGGAGAUAAUUAGUUCCGGUGGCAAGGAAGAAAGUAGUGAUGACGAGUUUUGGGAUUCAGACUGGAGCUAUUAA